AUGGCUCUCACAAAAAUAACUUCAGUCCUUCUCCUGUUCUUCUUAGGUUUCUAUUCUGAAACCGUCAAGUCUCAGAACUGUGGUUGCGCCCCAAACUUCUGUUGCAGUCAGUACGGUUAUUGCGGUACAACUGAUGCAUAUUGCGGUGCCGGGUGCCGAUCGGGUCCUUGUAGAGGCAGUGGAACCCCUUCUGGUGGUGGAUCAGUCAGCAGCAUUGUGACACAUGGCUUCUUUAACAACAUUAUCAACCAAGCCGGUAAUGGCUGUGCCGGGAAAAGAUUCUACACCCGCGACUCUUUCAUCAACGCUGCUAAUACAUUUCCAAACUUUGCUAAUUCCGUUACUAGGCGUGAAAUUGCAACCAUGUUUGCUCAUUUCACUCACGAGACCGGACACUUCUGUUAUAUAGAAGAAAUAAACGGAGCGUCACGAGACUACUGCGACGAGAACAACAGGCAAUACCCAUGCGCACCGGGCAAAGGCUACUACGGUCGGGGACCAAUCCAAUUAUCAUGGAACUACAAUUACGGACCAUGCGGCCAGAGUCUCGGCCUUAACCUCCUAGGCCAGCCAGAACUAGUGGGUAGCAACCUGACUGUGGCUUUCAGGACAGCUCUCUGGUUUUGGAUGAAUAGCGUAAGACCGGUAUUGAACCAAGGGUUUGGAGCGACCAUAAGAGCCAUCAAUGGAAUGGAGUGUAACCGUGGGAACACGGAUGCCGUCAAUGCAAGGAUUAGGUACUAUAGAAACUAUUGUGGACAGCUUGGUGUCGACCCUGGUCCUAACCUUGGCUGCUAAAAAGCUCUAUGCACACACAUGUAACGUGGCACAUGAUGUCGGACGUUGUUAUUUAAGAUGAAAUAAUAAGUGUAAGUGAGGUCAUAAAGUUAAAUCUCACGUAUGUACUUUGCGUUGGGUUUUAAUAUAAGUUCUCUGCUUCACAAUCAAAUAUUGUUGUAAUAAUCUUGUGAAAAGUGAAUUUCUUUUGUAACGUUAGUGGAAGUGAAUUUAAGUUUAAAAGGUGUCUCGA